GAUCUAAACGCCGAAGCUUCUUCGAAGCGCCGAAUAAACAAUUAGAUGAUUAUGUUUUGGUAGCAUCGUUUCUCGUACAGAGAACGGCACUUAAUUCUGUACUAUAGCCAAUUUGACACAAAAUUAAUACGAGUAGGAUUUCGUCAACGGGUGUUUUCUGUUAGGGAAAACAUAUUUUGCCUUCUUCCGCAGAUUUCCAGUGUGACCCAGCCGGCGGCGGGCAUCUCCAUCGCGCUGCAUAAUCUAACCAUCAUGGAAUCGCUGGCUAACAGCGAUGCCCUUGUGACGCGUUGGCGCGGCUGGCUUAACCACACCAUCGCCUUCACCCUGGAGCAGGCCGAGCAGUCUGCCACUGAUGUAUCCCCGACGGAGGUCAUCCCGCUCAAAGAAGCCGCGCUCUCUGGUUCGCGGGAAAUCUGGAUGGGAUUUUUAAGGGCAGUCCAGAGACUUGCCGACAGAUCAGCGACGGACUGUUCUUCGCCACUGUCGCGCAUUCUGGACUAUUUUCUGCAGUACACCAACUAUAUUAAGGAUCAUUUUAUGGCCAACUUGCACGGGAUGACCUUGUUACAGUAUGGUUACGAGGCAAGCAAGGGUGUUUUGCAAAGUACAGAUUAUCUUGAUCUACCAGCAACGCCCAACUACGGCAUCAGCUUUUUUUCCCGGCGUUUGAUUGAUCAGACGAAUAUCAGCUUGCAGUUUACGGAGCUGCGUCAGUUGAUUAACUUCCCCGAAGAUAUUAACAAAUGUGGUUAGAACAAUUUCCAAUUGGAGUAAUUAUGCAUUUUUGCUGUCCUUAAUUGGAGUACAGUAUACGUAUGAUGACGACAAACUUGUUGA